AUGGCUACAAAUCCGAGGAGUUGGUGCCGAGCUUUCUUCAAGCUGGGAAAUUACUGCGAAGAUGUGGAGAACAACUCGACAGAGUCCUUUAACAGCUCCAUCAACAAGGCAAGAGAGAAGCCAUUUGUGCAUAUGCUCGAAACAAUAGCAAGACUUGCUAUGGUGCGUAUAGCCACAAGAUCCAGAGAAUCUCAUGAACACCAAGGAAAAUGUACACCAUAUAUGCAGAGAGUUCUCUCUAAGGCUCUUGUUGAUAAGCCCUUUAAAGACGGAGCCAACAAAUGUGUUGUUAGAAGAAGCGUUAAAGGCUACUUUGACUCAAGAUUGAAUGGCCAAACUCAUCGUGUCCAUUUGGAGAAAAGAACUUGUUCGUGCAGAAAGUUCGACAUCACUGGAAUUCCAUGUAAGCAUGCAUAUGGUGUGAUGCUGAAGUUAAAGGUUGAUCCGUCAGACUAUGUUUGUGAGUGGUUUCGCACGGCUAAGUGGAGAAGAAACUACACAGAUGGAAUUGUUCCAGUCCGGGGUUCUAUGUUUUGGCCCAAAACAGAUGCUCCUGAUGUACAUGCUCCACCUUAG